AUGCAAGUCAUUCACGCAUAUUUGAGCGGCCGUCGUCUCACACGAUCUCCACUGUUGUUUUUCACUCUUAAGAGUCUAUUCGUUGUUUGUUUCUUGUGUUUGGCAGAUUGACUUGUUCAUCACAGCUUUUAAUCCGACACGUGUCGUGGAACGUAGUUGGAAUAUGAGGCAGCUGCUGUCAUGUCUGUUUAUCGCCAUUGUUGCCAACUGUGCGAUGAGUGCCCGCAUCCUCGCAGUGUUACCAAUCGGCAGUAGAAGCCACCAGAACAUGUUCCAAGGAGUCCUUAAGGCUCUGGCUGCCAGAGGACAUCAGGUCGUCAACUACUCUCCGUAUCCUUUGGAGGAAAAGAUGACCAACUACACAGACAUUCUCCUAGAUGUUCCCUAUGCAAGCGAUAUAAUAAAUUCUUUGAAAAUGCUAGAGGAAAUAAUGCACACAUCUUCAGCCAAAGGUGCAAAGUUCCUAUGGGAUUUCAGCAUGACGAUUCUGGAAAACCUCUUACAUAACCAGAACAUAACAAACCUCAUCGAGUCAGAUGAAAAGUUCGACUUGGUAGUCCUUGAAGCAAUCUUUGCCCAGGAGGCAUUGCUUGCGUUUGGGCACAGAUUUAAUGCGCCGGUAAUAAACCUUCACACGUUUGGAGCUUUCAGUCCAAUAAACGCCGUUUCAGGAAAUUCUCUAGCAUUAGGAUACAUACCGGACUACCCCUUAUCGUUUUCUAACCGAAUGUCCUUCUAUGAGAGGAUUCUGAACGUGUACUCAGCAACAACUUCUCUUCACUAUUACUACUCUCAGUACUUGCCCGGUCAAGAAGCCUUUGCGAGAUCGAUGUUCAAGGACCCUUCAAUGCCACCCUUGAUAGAGCAACUACACAACAUAUCGCUGUUCGUCAACAACAUCAACCCCUAUGUGCACUACAGCCGGCCCUACACACUCAACAUGGUCGCAGUUGGAGGAAUCCACCUAUCUUCGGAACGGAAGCCUUUACCGCAGGUUAUGAAGGAAUUCCUAGACGACGGGAAACGAGGCGUUAUUUACUUAAGCCUUGGCUCAAUCCUUCCUGACAAUCUUCUUCCUCAACAGUUCUUCGACAACUUCAUCAACGCUUUCCGCAGACUGCCCUACAAGGUAUUGUGGAAAACAAAAAGCAAUUUCGCGAAGCUGCCUGGUAAAAUAUUUACAUCCGAUUGGACUCCUCAGCAAGAUGUUCUAGCUCAUCCUAACGUAGUAUUGUUUGUGACUCACGGAGGGAUGAUGAGUCAGCACGAAGUUAUUAAUGCCGGAGUCCCCGUGAUCUGCAUUCCUUUCCUGGGAGAUCAACGAAUGAAUGCCAAAUUUUACGAGAGUCAAGAGAUUGGAGUUAAGAUCAACUUCGACGAGCUUUCAGAAGACACAUUUUAUUCUGCCGUAACAACAGUAUUAUCAUCAUCUAAAUACAAGGAUAACAUGGUGAGACUAUCACGUAUAUACCGGGACCAGCCGACCUCUCCUGCAGACAGGGUGGUAUUCUGGGUGGAGUACGUCCUAAGACAUGGCGGAGCUCUGCAUCUUCGUCCUGCGUCGUCGCUGAUGCCAUGGUAUCGUCGUUACCUCGUGGACAUCUUCGUGACGGCUGUGGUCACCGUCGUUGUUUCCAUCCUAGCUUUUUACUUUGUCAUUAAAUCAAUGCUGUCUUUAAUAUUUGCCAUGAACGAUAAUGUCAGGACAAGUGCACAUUUUAAGAAAAUAAAAUAAAAUCUAUAAAUGUG